GCACGGGAGCUCGGCAAGGGCCAUGAGAGGGGCCGCCCGCGCGGCAGCGGCGUUCGCGGACGGCCUGAUCGACGCCGCGAAGCACGAGGCGGCGCCCUCAUCGAUCGCGCAGCCACCAGUUACAACAUUUCUGGAGUUCACGACGCAGCUCAGCGGCGAGCGGGCCACGGAAGCGAUCGCGGGGGUCUUCGAGCAACGCGAGAUCCAGGAAACCUACGAGGCUAACGAGAAGAUGAGCGACGACGACCGCAUGGCGAAGGCCGCGAUGUUCCAGCAGGCGCUCAACGCGGCGGCGGCGCGCCGGGGCGGCAUCGAGAGCCGCCCGGGCGGCCCGGAGACGGGCGUGGAGCGGGCGGCGGAGAGGCAGCCGCAAUUGCGCAGGCGACUGACAGUGACCACGUCGGCGGGGAAGCACUGCCCCGAGCCCGCCGUCUGCCUGGGCGCCCUGCCACCGCAAGCGCCGCGAGCUGCGCCCCCCUGCGCCGCCAGCUCAGCUUGCUGGCCGCCAGCGCCGCCUCCGCGCGCGCGAGGAAUCAGCGGCGGUGCAGAUUAG